AUGAAUUCAUUGAUAGAUAAAUCACUGGAAAAAUGUAAAUCAUUUAUGAUUUCAUUACAGAUAAAUCAGCGAUUGUUUCGCGAAAUAAUCACACAAUUAAAUGACCAAAACUUACGCAAACAGUUUGAACUGAUUGUUGACGAUAACGAUAGGGUUGUCAUUGGACUCAACUAUCAAAUUAAACAAAUGUGUGCCAAAUAUGAUGACAAUACUGCCAGCAAUUGUCACAAUGACCACAAUGUGGACAAUGAAGAUAUUGGAGACAACGAUAAUAAUGUGUGUCAAACAAGUAGUCGAUGUAAAGACACGAAUAAUAAGACGAAGAUGAAAGUGUGUCAAUGGCCCGGAUGUUCAUAUGAGACACAAUACACGACUAAUAUGACUCGUCAUAUGUAUGUCCACUCCGGCAAUAAGCCUCAUGUGUGUGAUUGGCCUCAAUGUUGCAAACGUUACACACAGUCCAGUGCUUUAAUAACUCAUAAGAGAACUCAUAUGAAUUUAAAGCCAUUUGUAUGCGAUUGGAUCGGUUGUGACUAUCGGACAAACAAUCGGUGUUCACUACCGGCUCACCGCAGGACACAUAAUGGUGUUAAAAAUUUUGCGUGUGAUUGGCCUCAAUGUUCAGUCCAGUGCUCCACACGGACUCAUCUAUGGCAACACCAAUUAGUUCAUACAAAACAUAAACCAUUUAAAUGUGAUGUCUGUGACCAAUGUUUCGCCAAGAAAUCUAAUAUGAAGGCCCACAAAAUGAGUGUCCAUUUGGGCAUUAAAAGGAUCCGCAACAAUAAAACUUGA